AUGUCAAAUCCAAAAAUAUUUGAAAAUACAAAAAAACAGUCAACCAAAAAUUUAAUUAAGCCAACAACAAAUUUACAACAACAAAAACAUUUAUUAAAAAAAGUUUCUUUGCUUUUAUUGUUACCCCUUAUGUUUUUGCAAAUUAUUAAUUGUUUUACUUUUUGCUUGGCAGAAAAUAAUAAUAAAGUUGAGGAAAUGAGAAGGUGGAGUAAUGGUGUUGGACUUUGGGGAAAACGUUCAAUGUCUUCUGGAACAAAUGAGCUUUUGGAUAACCCAACAGAAAAUGCUUUUCUCUUCAAACGACCAGAAAAUUCAUGGCACAAAUUAAACGCUUUAUGGGGGAAAAGAUCUUCAGUUGGCAUACCCCCUUCCUCAAAUUGGCAAACAGCUACGGGACUUUGGGGAAAGAAAAGGUCUGUAAUAUCUCCUCUUCCCUCUGCUUGGCAACAAAUUUCAGCAUAUUAUGAUUUGGCAAAUUCGAGACGUUAA